UUUACACAUGAAUACGAAACUGGAAUACACUCUUGAUAAGGGACGCGACUAUUGUGAUUAUUAUUUCAUGAGGAAACUAGUUAAAUAUGUGAAUACAUGAAACUAUAGUAAAAAUGACGAAUACAGAACAGCCAGACUUGUUAUUCUUCGACACAUUUUCCCACGACACAAGUGAGGAAUUAAAUUUGGACUUAGUGCAGUUCCCAAAGUCGGUGUAUGUGACUGAAAUCCGUAUAAUACCGCUGGGCGCGCGAGUUCAGGGCGACUUUCCGGGUGGGGUUCGGCUAGGAGCUACAAACCCUACAAACUUUCACAUAGAUUUCUUUGUAAACGAUUUGAGUAAGCCAGGGGCGUCUACCUUCGAAGCCCUGGGUAGCCUUGACUACUGCCAGAAUGGUCAGAUACAUAUGGAGUGUGGGAAUGGUUUGGAUCAGCCCAGAAUUCCCACUGAUGGACUGGUGCUCAGAGGGUGGUACACCACUAUAACCCUUGCAGUCUACGGUAAUCUUACUCAAGUGCUACCUGAAACACCAGUAGGUGCUAACCCACCACCAAUUGUCCAGCGGCCAGUGUCCAGAGAGCUGGCCCCACCAAGUGUUCCACCACCAGCUGACUGGAACCAAGAAUCCACUAACCAGAUCCCCUCUUACACUGGCAAUGUUGCCAACAGCAACCCUGAUACAUAUGGGCCAAAUAAUUAUCCUGAAAACUAUGAAAAUCCGAUGUACAGAGGUGAUUAUUAUGAUAAUGAGCCUCCUAAAGAUCCGAGGACUUAUCACAUGGAUAGUGAGUGGGAUAAAGGCAGAGAUAUCAGCUGCGAGAGGGAUGGGGAUAGGAUGAGGCUCAGUCCUCGAGCUUUGGACCAUGAGAGGGAUAGGCAGGGGCGAAGCAGGAGGCGGUCGCUGGACCGCCGCAGCCGUGAGUCUUCAAGGCACAGGGAUGAUAGGAUGGAGCGACUGCGCUCUAGAUCCCGAAGCCGCGACCGUGAAUACAUAGUUAAGGGUGAAUAUCGCCCGCUCAGUCGCUCCAGAUCUCAUAGCAUAGACAGAAUGCGAGCAAUGUCCAACGACCGAGAUUGGGACCGAGGUUCCUACAAAAAGGAAGAUUAUAGACGGCAUCGCGAUCCAUCUUAUGAGAGGUCUCGCGGAGGUUCCUACGAAAAGGACGCUGUGCCGUAUGAACGCAGGUCUCCUUAUGAUAAAAGAGCGCCUUCAUAUGAAAGAAAGUUGAGUUACGAGAAGCGUUUGUCGCCCUACGAAAAACGUGCGCCUUCAUACGAAAAGCAAGGGCCGUAUGAUAGAAAAAGGCAUUCACCCUAUGGUCGUAUCCGGGCAUCUAGCUACGGAAGCCGGUCACCAAGUCGUGAUGAUCCCAGAAAGCGACCUAGGACUCCUCCGGGUGAAAGCAGCCGCAGACCACUGUCUCCAAGGGAUCCUGAUGCUUCAAGCCCAAUCAACUCGAUUCGUUCGGAAGAUGGUGCCGAUUACGACAGAGGAAAGCAGAUACCGAGGGUAGACUUUUACCAAAGCUAUCGUCACAAAAGUUCAAUACGUAGUCCAUCCCAGGAACAUGAAAAUGCUCCUUACGUGGACCCACAUUCCAGUCUAGUUACUGUUCCGAUAGUGGACAACGCUAAUAAAGCUAUUGAAUCGCCAAAUCGUAAUCCUGACGAAGAUAGGUCGAUGGACGCUGAACAGUUUGAGCCUAUUCUCUCCGAUGAAGACAUAUGCGACGACAUUGAAGGUUCUUCGUAUAUGGAGAUUGAGUAUGACGUCAAUGAAUACUGUGGAGUUGACGAUAUUAUCAAAUAUUUUAAUCCUUUCAAAGACGAGUGGAAAAAAUAUGUCUACAUUAACAAAAUACAUUAUUUGAGCGGUAAGAUGGAAAGCUCUAAAGAUGUUCUCACAGCAAGCUUUGACGAGUUAUGUGAUGCCAGUGCAGACCUGUGUAAGAUCUCUGAAAUGUCCAAGAAGUUAGACCAGAAACUCUACACUAGCCCUUUUGCUGAAAUUGAUAAUACAUUGCGAGAAGAAUGGGUGCUUCAGUGCGAACAACUGUUCGUUUCAAUGACAAACCUCUCUAAAAAUACAGAUAUCAUGCUCAGAAUAUUCCAAAAUCCAAGUGCAGAUGACGAAUUUGCUGAAAUUUAUAAAUUCUUAGUAGCUUUUUGCAAGAUCGGUCUUAGUUUCGAGAACGCAUUGUCUCAACAGCAACCUACAUACAAAAUAAGGCACAUGAAAUGUGGCAUACGGCAUGCCGAAGCCCUAAUGUCCCACAAACACAAUGGUACCGUGAUGUCUCUGUUACUAAAGGCGGGCAUUAAUAUGCCGAUGUUACUUCUUGAUAUGUAUUCUAAAGAAUAUAUGGCACUUAGCAUACGUCUCAUGAUUCUUAAAGCGUUGAACGCAUGUUUAUCUUCAAAGGUAUCUAUUGAACAUUUUAUGAAAGAAGCUAUUUACCCAAAAUUUGACAAGAACGAGACAGAUAAGAAACCUAAAAAUGGCUAUCAGGCACUUAUUUCGAUGAUGCAAACAAAUCCACUGGCCAGAAUAAAGUUUGCCAUCAGUGCAUUGAUUAAAAAGUUGAAUAUGUACGAGCUGCUGAGCAAAUUGCAUGAUUUGGUUAUGAAUUUUAAUAAAUCGGCAAAGAACGGUCAAAAUGAUGAUGCGGAUCUUCCAGAAUCUGAUAUUGAAUUCAUCAUCCAUUCCCUCGGAGAGAUUCUGCACAUGUAUCGCUCGCAAUGUCUUUAUCUAUCGCAGCCAAAAAGAUUUUUGCCAGUAUCCGCUCAAUUCGAAAUCAACAAAGAAUGCUCGAACGAGACGUUGCUUGAAUUUUUCAACAGCCACCACGUACUCGAAGUCUGUUUGUAUUUGCUCACUUGUCCGACUACUUGCAACAAUUUAAUUGUUGUCAGCCCCAUACACGAUUUAAUCCAUGAACUAAUCAACUCUCAAAAUGGUCUCAACUUUUUGUAUAUGAAUAUGGAGUUAAGUGAGUUACUGUUCAAAACAUUGAUUCAGCCAUACGGUCAGCAGAACACAGAAGAAUAUAUUUACCCUCAUGAUUUGAGUAACUACAGUGACCUGCAGAUACUGGGACUCGAAAUGGCUUAUAAGUUAAAAGCUUUGUACUACCUGCAAUCGAUCGCUGAUUUGCAAGCCGGAAAGGAUGAGAAGCUGGAUGAAAAUGAACUUAUAGAUCGAUUACAGUCGCUUUACUGUCUUAGCUUUGGUAGUAUCGGCAAAACAGCCGUGCCAGAUGUAAUCGUAAUGAGAGACAAUGCAGAAUGUCUAGUGGAAGUAUUCGAAAAUGAUCUGAAGACGAAAAACAAAAGUGAAUCACCAUCAAAACAGAAAUCACCGGCGAAAGCUUAUGCUAUUGAACUGAUCGUGUCAGCAGUUCGCUUUUCUGCUAACGUGCCGUUCCUUAAGAAAUACGGCCAAAGAUUAAUCAACGUGUCAAAAGAACAUGACAGAUUUGAGCCAAGCGUGUCCAGCGUUCUUCAAGAAGUGAUCCCAUAUUUAAAACCCGUGGAGAAAAUAUCUCUUAUAUCAGGAGACGACAUGGCCGAAUGUGUGGAGAUUCUUAAGGCUAGUUCUGAGCAUGCUCCAGAUUUGCCUGGGGAACUGAUGACCUGCUUGAGGAUCUUAAGACAUUUCUGCAUAUCUGACAAUGAUUCAAAUACAACUAUCGCAAACGAAUCAACUAUAGAGGAAUAUGUGGAACUCAAGUAUAAAUACAACGUCCUACAAUUAUUCUCGUUGGACGGAGUCGCUCAUCUCGCAGGCAUAUUAGACAGAUUGGCUGCACACUUCGACCAACCUAGUAUGCAUACUUCUUUCUUCGCUUCAGUAAAGGGACUGCAAUUAGCCCAAAUAAUCUACCCAUGUCUGAGAUUGUUGGACGAAAUGUUGGCCAGAGUUGUUCGUUGUCGAGGACCAAGGUUCAGAGAUUUGACAGCGGCACCAGUUUUACUCAAGACUUAUGGUAUUGCUAAGGCAUUUCCGAUAGGUUCAGUGGGGUACAGAACAGCAGCAAAAGCGGCAGAGGCUGCCGUAAGAGCAUUGCUAGCUUACGCUCAGCCUAUAGCAGACGAUGCCAAUGAUGGCGAUUCAAUCCGUCGAGGACCUUGGACCUCACUCUGCUCCGAAGUCAUACAGUAUACGAUGACAGCACCGUAUACAUUUGUACCCGGACUUCUUGUCUUCUCGGAGCUGCUUCCCUUGCCCCUACCGAUGCAAGCAAAAACUGCACCGACUGAUCGAGAGUUAGCUGAUGCUUCGAACGAGAGGAGACUGUGGUCAGCGCAUCUCCACGCCUUGUAUAACGAUCUGACUGAUAUGAUCCAGAUAAUAUGCAUGUCGACGUACAGGCCUGUCGUGCACAUGCUGCGACGGGUGUGCGUGCAAAUCGCUGAUUUAGCGCCAAACACAGCAGCAACUGUCGCUAAAGCGGCUGUGGGAGCAGUAGUUAGGGAAUUCAAAGCAGGAGAACCAGCCACAGCAAGUGCUGCAAGAGUUUUGGAAUUCUUAGCUUGUUUGGUGUCGCACGCCCCCGUUAAAUGUGCUGUGCUUCAUGCUAUGAACACUGGGGGGCCUCGGUCGGCCGAUGUGCAGACAGCCCUGUGCGGAGUUCUGUCCCUCUCAAAUAGUUCCAGUGAGCAUUCAGCGGCUCAAGAGUUCGCAGCGCAUGCUUUAGCGGCUUUCUGCGAAGUGGAAAUCACGUUAACCCCACUAACUUCGCCACCAGAUACACUGCUGGCAAAUUCAUUGCCAAAUAGAGAUGCUCUGAAUGCAUUCCUGGAAUCUACCGCAGACUGUUUGGAGUCCGGGACAAAGACAAGUGCUGUCGCACAGUCUAUACUGCGAGCAUAUUUUGUCCUGACCGAACAUGAGUACGGUUUUCAGCAGUUCAGGAAGUUUGUGAACAAAAGGAGGGAGUCUUUAGGAAAGUUUUUCAAAUGGGCUUUAGAAGGACCUGGGGAGGAUAAAGCUGAAUGCUUGAGCCUGUAUUUAGAUCUGAUAAGGAUAUUGAAGGGGGAGGAAGGGGAAGGCGGAGUCGUGGGCAGGAAGUCAGUGCUGACCAUGAACGAGAUGGCGGAUAUGGUCGGGUACUCGCCGUCGGUGCCUGACCAUCCGGUCUUGACUUUGGAGAAGACAUUGAAGGAGAGGAACGCUGACGAAGACGCCCAAGCCGCCAAGUUCCUCAUCAGCCACGUACAGAAGAUAACGGACGCGCCUCUCACUCCUCCUGCAGAAGUCCCCGACGUCCCCCUGCCGGCGCCUGACACUCUCGUCUCCCAGUUCGCCUCGAGGACAGUGUACGCCAUCGGAGAGGCGAGUGACGAGCGACUCACCUCCAGUUACUGGCUCAACGUACCCGCCAUAACUGGCGAAGAUGAUGCCAAUGAUCAUGAGUUGGUGUCGUGCGAUAUAAUGGAGAUCGCGAACACGUAUCUGUCGGCGGGCGCGGGCGCAGGCGCGGGCCCCGGGGGCGGGGCCGGCGGCGCGGCGGGGUGCGGGGCGGAGGCGCUGAGCAGCGCCGUGCGCAGGCUGGCCGGCUGUCUCGACACGCGGCCCGAGGCGCGCCCCAGCGACGACAAGCGCCCCGCCGUGUCGGUGUGUCGCGGGCGCGGCGAGGGCGCGGACGCGUUCCGCUCGCGGCCGCCGAACACCUCGCGCCCGCCCUCGCUGCACGUCGACGACUUCACCGCGCUGCACCACUCCUACUCGCACAACAGUUCCAGAGGCGUCCGUCGCGGCGGCAUGUCGGCGCCGGACCGCGGGCGCUUCGCCUCCGCCGCGCCGAUGCACGCGCACUACAGGCACAUUAGAGGUCGCGGCGCGUGGGAGAUGGGCGGCUCGCACUUCGGACACUUCGCGCCCACUUCGCAGUAUAUGAUGGGAGGCAUGGGCUGGGGAGGAGGCCGCAUGCAGCGCGGGCCGCGACAUCGCUCCUUCAUACGAUAAUAUGUGUAACUGUACAACGUAGUGACAUGCAGGAAUAUGUGAAUUUUUAUGUAUUUACCAUUAAAUAUAAGUUAUUCAAUCAA